CCGAGUGCAGCACGCGAGUGCAGUGUUUUUGAUAUUUUUAUUUAUUUAACACGUAAUACGAGUGAUCUGUGGACAGUUUUUGUAAAUAAUACUAAUCUGUUGGUUUAUUUUCGAAAUUGGAAUUAUAUUUGGUGACGUAACCUGUGGUUAUCGAUUUGUGUGUAGUAUUUUUUAAAUUUAGAAUGUUGUGGAAAUGCCGUUUUUAAGUUUCACACAAUCUGUGGUGUUAUCUGUGAUUAGGUGUUGCGAAUUUGUCAAUUAAUUGGUCGCGUUACACAUUUGGAACGGCAUUGAAAUGCAGAUUUUAAAUUUGUUCGAUUUGUGUUCCAUCUACGAACAAAACGGUCGCAUUAAUUUUAAAUUUGGAAUAGCGUUUCGUUACAUUUGUUUCAUGAAACUGUGGUUAAUAUGCUUUGUGAGCUUCAUAGAUAUAGGCUUAAUUUCAAAUUUGGAAUAGAAAUUUCAAAUUCGUUUUACAAAUUUUGGGUUAUAUCGGUGAUUAGGUGUUGCUAAUUUGUCAAUUUAUUGGUCGCGUUUCAAAUUUGGUUCGGCGUUUGAAAUUUUAAAUUUAUUCGACAAAUUUGUGUUGUCUUCAAUUAUUAAGGAUGAGUUAUUUGUGAAUAAAACGGUGGAAUUAAUUUCAUAUUUAGAAUAGCGUUGCGUUACAUUUGUUUCAUGAAUCUGUGAUUAAUACGCAUUGCGAGUUUCAUAGAUGUAGGCUUGAUUUCAAAUUUAGAAUAGAAAUUUCGCUUUCAUGUUUGCUGUACGAAUCUUGGGUGUUGUCUGUGAUCAAAUUUAUAUUUCGAAUAUAAAUGUUUUGACAUUUUUAUCAAGGCCUUAACUCUGUCAUUAAGUGUUUGUGGUGUAUUGUUUUUUUUAAAUUUAUUUUGAAUAAGUUAUAAAAUAAUAUUGCAAAUGAAAUAGUUCAUUUUUACUUUAUAAAAACUAAUUCAGUGCCAUAACAAUAUUAUAAUUUUUUUAAAGAUUGUUUUACUGAUUAAUUAAAACGAAGGUGUAAUACUUUAUGACCUGGAUACAAGUCAAUUGGACGAAUUUACUAAUAUACUUGUCGGUUCUUUGAAGUUGUGCUUAGUGACAGUUUAUACAUGAGUUCCCUUUUCUUACAAAUGACAAGCUCUAGUAUAUAUCUAUGUAUGUAUGUUCGGUCUCUUUGGAUAAUUGGUUAUCAUUACGCGGUUUCGUUGUCAUGUGUUUUUUUUUAAAUUUCGCGACAGUCCGUUCAGCUGAUUUCGAUUCACGUAUCUUUAACUCUGAGCGUUUCCUAAUGCGAAUGUGAUGGAUUUUUACAUAGAUGGUGUUGUCUCGUUUCUGAAUAUCACUUUUAUUGGAGACUGCGUGACCUUUAUAUGUCAAUAUUUUUGGCAUAUUAACGAAGGUAAUUAGGCUGGCAGUUAGGUGACCCAUGGGCACUCGCACACACACAAGGCUCGCGAGUGCGUUGCCUGCCUUUUCCAAUACGCCAUUUUAAAGUGCCCUUAUGUCGAAUUGGUUCGGGAUUACUUCUAAGGUUCCACUUAUUGUUUUCAAGUUGGUUAAGUUUGUGCCAGGAUUUGAACCUCGGGAUUUAUGGGCCUGAAUGACCUUGACAGCUCAGCUCGGGCUGUUUUUGGCGAGCUUAGCUCUGCCCCAGAUAGGUGCACGGCUAGCACAAGGACGUCCUGGAGUAAUCAAGGCCAGGACGGCUCACUACAGUGAAUGAAAUACAAAAUAAGACCACGUCUUCUCAGGUCGUCGUUCCGAGACUUUCUUUAUCAGCAAGAGGUACAAUAUUGUGGAGGAAGAAAGAUGCUCUGAUCAUUUAGGGAGGAUCCUCUACCAGUGAAGGCACAGACUAGUACGAAAUAUCGAGAUUUAUAUAUGCUCAGCGGGAACUGUUUCGAUAGCGCGUUUUAACUUGUGACGUCAUUGCAUUUAUAAGAUUAUAGGUACACAUGAACUAGUGUAGUUAAAAUGGAUUUUAUUAUUGAAGAUUUCGUAAAACUCCAGUUAAAGUAUGGAAUCGAUAACACUGCAUCGUGCACUGGCGUAUCCGCCAUGUAUGGAUAUAAUCUGUAUUCAGAGGUAAAGAUUGUGAUGUAAUCUCUGGAUCAGAAAUAAUAAUUGAAAGAGUUGGAAACCCCUGGAAAAUUUGUGGUUAAAACGGUUUUAGGUCUGGGCCUCAGAUCUCUGUUAUUGUUUCAUGGUCACUGUCAAUCUAAUAGGCAAGUAGGUGAUCAGUCUGUGUUUGAAACACGCCCGUGUAAGGUAAGCCGGUUACCUCACGAAGUUUUCUGUACGAGCGAAUGUUAAAUGCGUACAUAGCCGGGUAUCGAACCUGUGUGCUCGGGGAUGAGCGUCGCAUGUUGAAGCCACUAGGCCAACACUGCGCUCAAUAUAUGUAUAAAAAGGAGAGAUUUGAUUGAUUGCAAUGAAAAGGCUGUUAAUCUACAGACUUUUAGAACCCUACAAUGAGGCAUAUUCGAUAGUGUGAACCAAUAAAGAUAUAUGCUGCGGCAACUAUAGACAAUAGAUGUACUACCGCAGAGCACAGCUAGUAAUAUAGUAACAUCUAUGUUAGGUUUCAGUAGCAUCUCCAACUCUGCAUUAGUGACUCAAGUCAUUUAACUGCUUCUUUUAAAUUGUGGACGAUGUUAAGAAAAAAUUGUAAAUUCUUUUACCAAUAGAAAGCCACGAUGUACUUAAGUGUCAUAUAUAUUAAUUAAUUAAUGAAAAUAACUUUUUCGUGGUGGUAUUUAUAAAGUCGAAGAAAAAACGAGGCCUACGAACGCUACCUUGCGAAGAAUGUUUUAGUUAUAUAGAAAACCUGUAGAGCUUAUAUUUAUUCAAACUCAAAAAUUACUGCACAGAUUUUAUUCAGGUCUGAACAUUGUAGGAAAAUUACAUGUAUUUUUCAUAAGUCAAUUAAAAAAGCCAACCAUGCAAAGAUGGUAUAGGCCGCUAGCAAUUAAUACUCAAGGCUUUAGGUUGGGUCUGUUUGUUAUUAUGUCUACAAUCUGCGCCUACAACCAGUCCAGCAUUUCCCGCUGAGCAUUCAUCUCGACAUUUCGGUCUAGUCUGUGCUCUCGUCACUGGUAAAAGAUCCUUCCUUUAGGUUGGAGAAAGAGCACCUUCUUCUUUCACAAAUUCACCGUGAUGACGCGUGGCUAAUUCAGAAAUUGUCAUGGGUAUUUCGUUUAGGUACUUGCCUAUUAUGAAACAAAUAUAGAAAACUGAUAUAAUUUAAUAGUUCCUAACAAUCUUCAACUCAUAUCAGCGUAGUAAAUUAGUUAUACAACAUUAGUUCCAGGUAUUGCCUUGAAUUAGGUCCGGUUAUAUAAUAGCAAUAAAAUAUAUUUUAAAAAUAAAGGAAAGGAUAGGCUGGCAACGGAACCAUAAGGCAGUCCAGCUACUAGCUGGACUGACCCCGCGAACGCGUAACAUACCAACAAAUGAAACACAGAGACUGUUUGCUUUUCCCAAAUAUCCAUAAUAGCAUUCAUAAAAACCUUUCUCUAAGUUCAAGGAAUAAAUAACUUGAGUUGGUCAAUUCAAUAAAAGGUAUUUUUAAAUGGGUUAAUAACUCGAGAACGGUUAGACUGUUCUUUCAUGGUUAUUUUCUUAUCUCCGACUCUGUCAGAAUAACGAUAGAAAACCUUGGAAAAUAACGAAAAAAAAAAUCCAAUACAAAAUGUUCACGGGUUUCGUGACUGUCAACUUAAUGACAUUUAAUGUUCAUCCCGUCGAUACGGUAAACUUUUAAAGAAAAUAUUUGAAUAAAGCUUUCGAUAAGAUAUUAUAUCCUCAACUUUGGGAUAAUGGCGUAUUUUAGAUUUUAAUGUAGUAUAAUGUCUGUAAUGAAUAAGACAUAUCAUCAUCAUCAUUACCAAUCUCUAUACAGCGCCUUGUGGGCCUUAGCCUCCUCAAGUACACUUUGCCAUUGCAAUCUCUCCAGUGCUCCCUGCGUCCAACUUCGAACCCAUAUUGUUUCUCUUGACAAUUCCAUCCCACCGACGUAGCCUCGGUCUACCGGGUUUUCUCUUGUCACCAGGUUGUCAGUUCAGCAAGGACCUUGGGGUUCUGUCGUCCGCCAUUCGGUGCACAUGUCCCAACCACUUGAGCCUGUUGCCCGUUGGAAGAUUUUGGCAUCGUCAAGGGUGUUAUAAAAUUCUUCAUUGUAGCGAAUACGCCAAAUCGCAAACCAAAGAUUCUCGCUGAUCUUCCGCUCGAAAAUAAGAAGAGAAAUUUCGUCUUUCUCGCUAAGGGGCCAGAAUACAAACCGAUAAGUUAGCACCACCACUAAUAAGAUUAUUAUUUGUUUGGUAUUAUUUAUUUUUGUGUUAAUUUAUUAAUAAAAAAACUUUUGUAAAAUCAAAGUUCAACUUAUCUGUAACACGAAAUUCGUUGAUAGACUUGAGUUCGCCAGUAUAAACAAUGCCUACAUCAGGAAUAUUAAAAAAUACUAUAACAGUGGAAGACCCAUCAUUGAAGAAGAGACAUUCCAUUAUAUCCGGGAGAAGUGAUUUCUGGUCAUCGUCAGAUGAAGACGAAGGUGUCCAGCCGCAUGAGAAAGCUAUCGCCGCUGGUCAACCAAAUCCACCAUACUGUGUGCGCAAUGUGGAGCAGCAUGCUUUUGGAAGACGAGAAAUCGAAAUUGCUGAACAGGAGAUGCCUGGGAUUAUGGCGUUGAGGGCUAGAGCCAAAGACGACAAGCCAUUGAAGGAGGCAAAGAUCGUUGGAUGCACUCACAUUAACGCACAAACGGCGGUACUUAUAGAAACUUUAGCGGCGCUGGGAGCGACCGUCCGUUGGGCGGCCUGUAACAUCUAUAGCACGCAGAACGAAGUAGCUGCUGCGCUGGCGCAUGCUGGUUUUGCGAUUUUCGCCUGGCGUGGCGAAAGUGAAGAGGCAUUCUGGUGGUGUAUAGAUCAAUGUUGUACGCCGGCAUCCUCUUGGCAGCCAAACAUGAUUCUUGAUGAUGGUGGUGACGCUACACACCUCAUGCUUAAGAAGCACCCAACUGCUUUUAAACAGAUCAAAGGUAUAGUAGAAGAGAGUGUGACAGGCGUCCACAGACUAUACCAGCUGAGUAAAGCGGGGAAAUUGUGCGUUCCAGCGAUGAAUGUCAACGACUCGGUCACUAAAACCAAGUUUGACAACUUGUAUUCUUGCCGGGAGAGUAUAAUAGAUGCGCUGAAACGCAGUACGGAUAUAAUGUUCGGUGGGAAGCAGGCUGUUGUGUGUGGCUAUGGCGAAGUCGGGAAGGGAUGCUGUCAGGCGCUCAAGGCUCUGGGAUCUGUGGUGUAUGUGACAGAAAUAGAUCCCAUUUGCGCCCUUCAAGCAGCAAUGGAUGGCUUCAGAGUUGUCAAAUUAACUGAGGUGAUACGACAAGUGGAUAUAGUGAUCACGGCGACGGGGAAUAAGGGAGUCGUCACACGUGAGCACAUGGAGCGUAUGAAGAACGGCUGCAUCGUGUGCAACAUGGGUCAUAGCAAUACAGAAAUUGACGUCCACGCAUUGAGGACGCCAGAUCUGUUAUGGGAGCGGGUUAGGAGUCAAUCCUAUUCCCCAAAGGUGGACCACAUAAUAUGGCCGAACGAUAAACGCAUAGUCCUUUUAGCGGAGGGCCGCCUAGCCAAUCUCUGUUGUUCCUCUCUGCCGUCUUUCGUGGUCUCCGUGACAGCUGCCACCCAGGCCCUGGCGCUGAUCGAGCUGUAUAACGCGCCACAGCAUAGAUAUAAGGCUGACGUCUACCUCCUACCGAAGAAAAUGGACGAGUACGUCGCAUCGUUACAUUUACCGACAUUCGACGCUCAUUUGACGGAAUUAACAGACGAACAGGCAAAGUAUCUUGGCCUCAAUAAAGUCGGUCCAUUCAAGCCGAACUACUACAGAUACUAGCACAAAUAGAACGGGGCUAGAACGCGGGAAACGCGGAAGAGGACGCCCAAGGACGCUUAGAAAUUUGAAAAUGGAACAGCUUAAUUUGAAUAUAGUUUUAACAAUGCUUUUAAAUUUAUUUAAUAUUUAACAUAUAUUUAUAUAAUUAAAUAUGUAAAAGAUGCUCCAUUGAAACUGAACUAUUCACUACUAUGAGAUACUAUCACAACACAAAACGAGGUAGAAACGCGGAUGCUUUGAUAUUUGAAAAUGGAACAGUUUAUUUUGAAUAUAGUUUUAUUUCCGUAUUCUUAAUCGUACUUGUUGCAAAGCUAAACUUGGAGUGUCUCGAGAUUGCAAUAUCGUGUAAAAAAUUAAUAUUUUUGAAAAUGGAACAGUUUAUUUUGAAUAUAGUUUUAUUUCCGUAUUCUUAAUCGUACUUGUUGCAAAGCUAAACUUGGAGUGUCUCGAGAUUGCAAUAUCGUGUAAAGAAUUAAUAUUUUUUAAAAUGGAACAGUUUAAUUUGAAUAUAGUUUUAUUUCCGUAUUCUUAAUCGUACUUGUUGCAAAGCUAAACUUGGAGUGUCUCGAGAUUGCAAUAUCGUGUAAAAAAUUAAUAUUUUUGAAAAUGGAACAGUUUAUUUUGAAUAUAGUUUUAUUUCCGUAUUCUUAAUCGUACUUGUUGCAAAGCUAAACUUGGAGUGUCUCGAGAUUGCAAUAUCGUGUAAAGAAUUAAUAUUUUUGAAAAUGGAACAGUUUAAUUUGAAUAUAGUUUUAUUUCCGUUUUCUUAAUCGUAUGUGUUGCAAAGCUAAACUUGAAGUGUCUCGAGAUUGCAAUAUCGUGUAAAGAAUUAAUAUUUUUGAAAAUGGAACAGUUUAAUUUGAAUAUAGUUUUAUUUCCGUAUUCUUAAUCGUAUGUGUUGCAAAGCUAAACUUGGAGUGUCUCGAGAUUGCAAUAUCGUGUAAAGAAUUAAUAUUUUUGAAAAUGGAACAGUUUAAUUUGAAUAUAGUUUUAUUUCCGUAUUCUUAAUCGUACUUGUUGCAAAGCUAAACUUGGAGUGUCUCGAGAUUGCAAUAUCGUGUAAAGAAUUAAUAUUUUUGAAAAUGGAACAGUUUAUUUUGAAUAUAGUUUUAUUUCCGUAUUCUUAAUCGUACUUGUUGCAAAGCUAAACUUGAAGUGUCUCGAGAUUGCAAUAUCGUGUAAAGAAUUGAUAUUUUUGAAAAUGGAACAGUUUAAUUUGAAUAUAUAAUUCAAUUUCCGUUUCCUUAAUCGAAUAUGUUUGAAAAUGAAACUUAUAAUAUCAUUUUACUUGUCGCUUUGAAUCGUUUUUUACCAUGUUUUUGAAUUUCGAACGUUUGGACUAUAGAAAAUAUAAUUUACAUUACGUAAUGAGGUUUGAAAAUGGAAUUGCUGUUUUGUUGCUUGCUUGCUUGUUUUUAAAUGUUGCAAUAUUAUUACAUUUGGAACGUAUGAUUACAUUUUAUAUAAAUUACACGUAAAUUUGUGCUGAUGUAUGUAAAGAAAUAUGCAGAGAAUAGUUUUUCCAGUAAAACCAUACUAUUACAGAUACACUGAUAGUCAAUAUGUAAGUGAAACAAGGAUAUUUGAAAAUAAUACAAGAGCUUAAUUUGAAUAUAGAAUAUUGUUUGGAUUUGAAAUGUAUGGUUUAGUUUAAUUUUCAUUAUAUGUUAAUUAGUUGUGCGUUAUAUGUAAAGAUGUUGAAUAUGUCCAUUUAAGGCGAACUUAGGUAUAGCUUUUUAAAUAUAGGACAUGUAUUUGCAUAGAAUUUAAUUUGACGCUUGAAUUUAGAAUGUGUUUGCGGUAGCUUGUUUGAAUUUGGAAUUGCGUUCGAAUGUGGAUUAGAUAUGAGUAUUGUAAAUUUAAAUUCAGAAUUUCAGUAUUAGCCGUGCAUAUUUAAAAAUGGAAUUGCAGUAAUUUUGAACUGGCUGGUUUUAUUUGUAUUUAAAUUCAGAAUUUCAGUAUUGGCCAUGGUUAUUUCAAGAUGGAACUGUUUCUUCAGUAAAUUUAAUUUUUGUUUCUGUAUUUGUUAUCUUAACAGUAAUUUUUAGGUGGCUGGUUUGAUUUGUAUUUAAAUUCAGAAUUUCAGUAUUAGUGAAUAUUUGAAAAUGGAACGUGAAUUUAGGUUUUGUUUUUACUGAUAAUUUAUAGAUUGCCAUUGGAAUUGUUUGUUACCAUAAAUCAUUUAAUAAAACUUAUUUUUGUUGUAUUUGUUACCAUAACAGUAUUUUUCAACUGGUUUAAAAUUAUGAAUAUUUUUUAUUUAAAGAAUUAUUUAUUUUCCUUUAGUUAAUUAUUAGAUUAUCAUUCCUAAUUUUGUGUACCUGAUUUAAUUUAAAUUAUGAAUACAUUAACAAACGAAACGUCAUUUUGCUUUAAUCAAGUAUUUCGUAUCGAUGACGUCUUUAAAGUAUGGAUUAGGCUUAUUCUCUGACGUCUUCAGAAUGUCAUCCAUGUCAAAACGUAAACUCGAAAGACGUUGCCAUGUAUAAAUACAGCCUAAAUGUAGUGUAUGUAAGAUUGUUGCCAUUUUUUUAUAAAUAAAGUAUAG